UUUCACAAUCGGUGUUCAAGGAAAUAAUGCAUGAGUUCGAAUGUAUCCUGGCUGGCAAACCAACAAUAGGCGAUAACCAUAUCUGGAUACUUGGGUUUAUUCACAACAGCGAGCAACAUGUGCACACUUUCCCUCUACACCGGUUGUGAUUUCAAAGCUGGCUGCCUCAGUUAGGAUGGCGACCUCUCAGAAGUUAACAGACCACUUUCUGACAUGUACAAUAUGUACAGAGGUGUUUGACAACCCAUGCACACUUGCGUGUAAUCACACCUUCUGUCGGAAAUGUGUCAUCAGCUACACCAAAACCAAACCAGAAGCCAUCAGUGCCAAGUCUCUUCUGUGUCCAUUCUGCAGCAAGAUGACGAAAGUGUCUGAGCCUGGCAGACCAGUGGAGGAGUGGGCGGACGAUGUGAAGCCAAGCUUUGUGAUCCAGGGACUGUUGGACUCAUUUGGCCCUGGAUCUAAAGAUACAACUAACUGCCGUUAUUGUAAGGAAGAAGGGGAGACAACCCUUGCUACCUCCUGGUGCUCUGUCUGUGACGACGCCCUCUGUGAACGAUGUGUACGGAUGCACAAUCGCAAUCCAUCCUCCCGUCACCAUGACGUAGUCGGCAUGUCUCCAGAGGUCAAGGUCAGAAGAAGAAGGCAAGGGGUUAUGUGUAAGGAUCACAAAGAUGAGGUUAUAAAAUUGAUGUGCAAAGACUGUAAGAAAGCAGUUUGUCAAACAUGUUGUAUUAUCUAUCACAGAAAUUGUAGAUGUGUUGUCGAAAUUGAGUCAGAAAUACCAACAAUGAAAUCAGAGCUGGAAAAGAAUAAACAUAAUUUGUUGGAGAGGUGUGCUGAGAUAAAAGCACUCGUUGACAAACAGAAAACAACAUCCAAAGAGGAAUCAAAGCAUUAUUUACAAAUGGAGUCUGACAUUAAGUCUGCCACAAACAAAGUGAUUGAUAUGCUGAAACAGAAGGAAAAGAAGCUUCUCAGUGAGCUGAAAGAGAUGUCAGACAAACACCUAGGUCAGUUAAAAGCAGACAUAAAAUCAGGAGAGAUGUCAGUACAGGUGUACCAACAACAGGCUGAGUUGAUAGACCAGGCUCUACAAUCUGAGUGUGACAUGGACGUGUAUGAGAUGUAUCGGGGAUGUGAGGCCGGUGAUGUGGACGCUGUUACAGACGUGAAGGAGAGGGGGAGAAUAGCCAGAACCGUUUUCAGACAGGACACAGGCCAGCUGAGUAGAGCACUUGACGAUCUACAGCUGGGUGAGAUUGAUGUCCAGUAUGAGAGUGUGCUGGACAUGAAGGCAACUCCUAUGUUACACAACACUAUUAACGCCACAGUCGGAGACAUUGAAGAAGCAUAUCUUGUAGACAUCACAGUGGUUGUUGUGAAUGGUGUAGAUACGGUCGUUGUCACAGACGCACUUAACAAAAGUGUGAAGUCCUUCUACACAAGUAAUAACAAAGUGUUCCACUGUAAGCUCAGUCUCGGUGACACGCCGUGGGGUAUAACAAGGCUGAAACACAACCAGGUGGCUGUCACUCUGUCAGAUACCAGUCAGAUUGUAACAGUUGAAGUCAACCCUGACCUUGUGUUGCUGUCAACCAUCACAACCAGCAAACAGUACUCGGGUAUAACGUCUCUGACACCAUCAACACUAGCAGCGGGUUCCGAGUCCCCUCCCUGUGUUGAUAUCCUAGAUAUGACGGGACACGUGAUGAGGAGUAUCAGUCCACUCCACAAUGGAAACAACAUAUUACAAGCACCAUUAUUCCUCUGUACUACGAGUAAAGGAAACAUCCUUGUGUCUGAUUUGAAAUCCAAGUGUGCUGUUUGUUUGACCCCUGGGGGAGAUGUGGUGUUCACCUACAGCCCUACAGGAGCCACAGCACUGGAGCGUCCAGCUGGUAUCACAGCUACCAGCACAGGUGACAUCCUGGUUACCGAUAGCUCUCUAGAGAGGGUCAUCCAUCUGACUGAGUCGGGGACGUUUGUGAGAAAUAUUCUGACAUCCCAGGAUGGUAUUGAGGGUCCCUGGGGUCUGUGUCUAGAUAGGUCUGGCUAUAUGUACGUGUGCAUGUCAAAUGUGGUUACGGUUUUCUCACUGCACUAGAUGGGGAUAGGACUAAACCAAGUUUUGUUAUAACAGCUACAGGACGGUGGGUGUAGCCUAGUGGUUAAAGCGUUCGCUCGUCACGCCAAAGACCCGGGUUCGAUUCCCCACAUGCGAACAAUGUGUGAAGCCCAUUUCUGGUGUCCUCCGCCGCUACAUAGCUGGAAUAAUUGCAAAAGGCUGCGUUAAUCUAAACUCACUAACUCACUAUAACAGCUAUACGGUCUUUGUUGUGUUGCUCAGGGGUGUGUCUGUUUUGGACUGUGAUUGUCAGCAUUUUGGAAACAUCAAAUAUGUUGGUAUCAUAAUGUUUAGUAUGCGGGUUCGGGAAGUUCAUGAUUUGUCACAAGUGUGUCUUGAGCCAAACCCUAAUUAUAUUACUUAGGGUUUUGUUUCCCCUUGCUGUUUAAGCAGUGAGAAAAUGACAAAUAGGAGUAUGACAAUUUGAGUAUGACUGAUAAAUGGAUUAUAUAAUCAUGGUAACAAUGUUACAUAUGUAUCUCCCACUGAGUCGACAGAUAUGGAUAAUAUGGAUAAUAAGAAUAAACAUUCACUAUGAGAGUCUUUAAACAGCAGCACGCACAACACAUUGUGCAAACCUGCCCUUCAGGAUUUUACUGCGCAUCACUCAAUAAUAUAGCAAAAUUUAUCUCCCUUAGACCGGUGAGAAAUUGCAAAUAUGCUCUUACCUUGCGGCGGUUGCUUGCCUGCUGCUGCUGCGGCGAUGAUGAUGAUUUGCAUUUGAGGUUGAAGCCUCAUGAUGCAUAUUUCGCACACGGUGUGACUGGAUUCAGUUUAAUGUACAGAAAGGUUGAGUGGAUUACAUCACGUGACACAUCCCAGCUAGUUGACUUAUGUUGACGGACUGGAAAAAGGUAAAUGUUUGAAAAGCAGAUUAUUACACUCUUUGUGUCAUGGGUAUGUCAGAAUAGGUAAGUUUCGUCCGGGUCGAAUAUGUCGCCAUGUUGUUCACCCAGUCUGGUCUACUGGUAUCAAACUGAUGUGGAAACCCACAUCGUUCAUGUUCGUCUUAAUAUACUUUGAUCUGGAGACAUUGACUCUAAAUCGGGUGACAUUCUUCUUCGGGCGAAGGAUUUUUCUGCGGAAAAUAUUGCUGGUACCGGUCUCAGUUUAUCUCCUUUCAUGGCAAAGUUGAUGUGUUCACUUGGGUACUUGAUGAAAAGAUUUAAACACUGGGAAAUCGGAAUAACCCUAUUUCUCAUGGGAUGCUGGAUGAAGAAAGUCUUGGGAAUCAAAAGAAAGAUAACGAAAACGUCAUCUCGUUGUUUGCUUAAACUGUACAACAGUGGGCAACAAUAACAAUGGCGAAAACAGAUGACGAACAGCUGAUUUAUCGACUGGUCUUAUUCAAAGCUGGAUGAAGAAAGUCAUGCGAAUCAAGAGUAAGAAAGUCUCCAACGGAAACGUCUACUCGCGACUUUAACUUUCCUAAAACUGUAGAGUGGGCAACAAAAACAACGGGGACAACAGAUGACCAACAGCUGAUUUAUCGACAGGUCGUCCCUACAUCUUCUUCAACAGCCAACACCAACAGAGACUCUAUAGGAAUAUGGCCGUGAUCUUAGUGACAUAGCUUGUCAGUAUCUAUAUCAUGAUGAUGCUGACAUCCACUGUACUAGGAGAGAAAUACAUCUUUAUUCUCAAAACAUUAACGCAUUAACGGUUUGAUAUCUAAAUGUUGUUAUUCUGAAUUCAUUGAUUUCUGUUGCAUGCACGAUGUGUUUUCUUUAUUGAAACAAUGUUUAAUGUUGUUUCAGAUGCUAUGCUAAGAGUCUUUGUUAUACAUGACUGCUAUAUAAGUGAACUUCCACGAGCAUCAAACCCAGGAGAUAUUCUGGUGGUAUAGCUGUAUGCUAAGUGGAUCUUGUGAUAUGUUUAUUCUACGGAGAAGGGAAACCUGUUGUAUUUACUACAAAAAAACAUUAUUAACUAUUUCUUCCUUUAUAAACCGAAGAGAUCGCCCUACUAUGAAAAACUAAAAGUGUGGAUUUGGGCAGUUAUAAGUAUUCUGUUACAAAUAGUAUAUGCCUAUUGUGAGAUGUGUUCAUUCAUGUUAUGUGGUGACUUUAAUGCCAGAACAUCCAAUGAUUGAGAUUUUAAUCCAAAUGAGUGAGUAAGUGAGUAAUUGAACGAGUUUAGUUUUACUCCGCACUCAGCAAUAUUCGAGCUAACAUUGCGGUGGUAAUCCAAAUGAUGAUGUGUCACACCGACAAGGAUGUAUGCUAAGCCCCUAUGGUUUUCAUGUUUCAUUAAUGAACUUGUGAUUGACAUGUAUGAAGGUUGUAACGUUGGUAUUUUGUAACUUGGGAAAUUGGGGAUAUUUUGCUUUUACAUUUUGCCUAGACAUUGUAACUUUAUCAUUUUCACGUUUAAACUUUUUUUUAUGUUAAUUGUGGAUAAAAGUAUUGUUAUUUUCCGUAACGGACGUAUUUAACACACCAUGAAAAGUGGAAAAUUUGUAACGCAGAACUGAAAGCUGUUACAUAAGCUGUUUUUAUAAGAAAUAGCCAAGUUUUACUUUUGUCAGUUCGUACCGGUUUUGAUUGUUAAAUUUAUCGAAUCCUUUUAUGUGGUGCAGAAAUUUGUUGAACUAAAUAUUAUAAUUUGACUGAAAUGAUUCACGCGUCUUUAAAGCAGUACAAAAGUUGGUAAAUUUGCAUCAAACAAGGCAUUUUUGGGUGAAGUGGUUCGCUCGGUAUCAGCUACUCAAGUUCGUGUUUUACAAUAAUAGAUCAAAUUGUAAAGAGCAAAUUAUGUCAGAUCUCACCAAUGUUAUACAAUGUUUAAUUUGCUUGAUGACAGAGGUAAAUGUAAAUGCUAUUGGGUUUCUGAAGUGAGGGGAAAUGUAAUGUUUACCUUGUUUUGAUUUGUUUUGAUUAUUCAAUAUGUAUCAAAUCAUUGUUAUUAUAUAUAUUUGGACAUGUGUCAGAGAUAUUUCAUCUUAGAACUGUUACUUCUAUGUACAAAGUUCAAAAUGUCAUCAACAUUACGCUUAUCAUAUUUUUUCCUCCAGCCUGGAAUGUAUAUGACACAUUUACUCGAUAAAUAAUUGAUACCUGC